UUAGGGGGACCGGAAAGUAAUGUCGUUUCUGCGCAUGUCGAUAUUUGAUUGUCAUUUGUCAGCUCAUUGUGUAUCUCGAAGGCGUGCCAAAGUCAUUUUAAGGUUAUUGUGACUUGUUCACUUCUAAAUAAUUCAAUAUUAAACUCUUUUUUUGUAAUUUGGGGUGAAAUGGCUAGCCAAAUACCAGAAGAGCAUAUUCGGCAUUGUAUGCUUUUUGAGUUUCGCAAGGGUAGUAACGCAACAGUUGCGACCAAAAACAUUUGCGAUGUUUAUCCAAGUGCAUUAGACGUUCGUAAAUGCCAAAGAUGGUUUUCCAAGUUCAGAUCCGGUAAUUUUGAUCUCUCUGACUCCUAUCGAUCAGGAAGACCAACAACAUUAGACAACGACAUGCUAAGGGCAAAAGUGGAAGCAAAUCCAUGUCAAACAAUCGAGGAACUGUCAAACACCCUUAACCAACCUUGGUCGACCAUCCAGAAACAUUUACAGCAGAUUGGAAAAAUAAGCAAAGCAGGUGUUUGGGUCCCCCAUAAUCUGUCCGAAGAGAACAAAGCCAACCGAUCCAUCAUAUGCAACGUAUUGCUUCAACGCCACCAUACAGAACCGUUUUUUGAUCGUUUGAUCACUGGAGACGAAAAAUGGGUCCUAUAUGAUAAUCCAAAACGCAAAAGGCAGUGGCUCUCUUCAAACGAAUCACCACGAAGUACUGCGAAGCCGGGUUUACAUCCCAAAAAGGCGCUUCUGUGUGUUUGGUGGAGUAUUCGCGGAAUUGUUCACUUUGAAGUGCUGAAACUUGGACAAACUGUUAAUGCAGACCUUUAUUGUGAACAAUUGGAUCGAGUGAACCAAUCUUUAAUCGAAAAGUAUCCGGCGAUUGUCAACAGAAAGGGCGUCAUUCUGCAACACGACAAUGCGAGACCGCACUGUGCAAAGCGAACACUGGAAAAAAUUAAUGAAUUGGGGUGGGAGGUACUGCCUCACCCACCAUAUUCGCCCGAUAUCGCACCCUCGGAUUUCCAUUUAUUCCGAUCCCUACAACAUUUUCUUAGUGGCAAAAAAUUUGAAAAUUUGGAUGAUGUCCAAAAUGCCAUCUCGAGAUAUUUUACUCAAAAACCAAUUGAUUUUUAUCGGUCCGGUAUUGAAAAUUUGCACACUAGAUGGCAAAAGGUUGUUGAUAACGAGGGUGAUUAUAUUAUUGAUUAAAAAUAAAGACUUAUUAAAAAUUUAUUCGUUUGAAUUUAAUGUAAGAAAGCGACAUUACUUUCCG